CAAAAAUCCCCUUUUAUUCGUUUCUCUUCCGCCUCUCGACGCCGGGGUGCUCCCAUCUGCUCUCCUCUCUUCUCUAAAUCGGGAGUCUCUCUGGUCUCUCGUCUCCGCCAGAGGCACUGCAGCUAGCCUUUCCUCGUUACCGACGAUUGUCAUUGUUCCGAGCUCCAGCUUCAACCUCUUCAAACCAGGAAACGCCAUAAUUACUUCGUAUUCCUUAUCUGCUCAAUUCGUAGUCCCACCGACGCAUUCCUUUGUAUGAGAAGUAUGAGUGGUGCAUUUUGGCUGACGCUUCAACAGUGGCAAAUGCCUUGUACCAAACUAUUACUUCUCAGAAGCUCCAAAUUUUCUAGAGGGUUAUACGAGAAAGCUGGGCCUAGAAGGCAUCCAACUCUAUACUCCUGUCGGAACAUGCAGACUGCAACAUAUGAAGUUGUCAAUGCAAGCUAUGUACCUAUUACCCCAAGCCAAAAACAGCAAGACACAUCUACCGCUGAGGAAAAGGCGUCAGCAAAACUUGAAAAUAUAGGUGCAUUCCAAAAACUACCCAUGGUAAUGCCAUCAGUUGAUAUCUAUUAUUCGGCACGGAGGAAGGUGAAGAGGGUCCAACCCACAAAAGGCAUUGCAAAUAUUGCAAAGAGAGAGAGAAAUAAAGGAGCAAAGCAACUUGAUGCACUGAUGAAAGAAUUGGCAGUUCCCUUGAGAGGCUAUUUGGACAAUUUCCCUAAAAGAAAAUAUUUGCACCCAUAUGAACGAUCUCUUAUUGAGUUGACGCUUGGUGAUGGAAAUUAUGAAGAGGUGUUGAGAAAAGUGGAUUCUCUUAGGAAGAAGGUGAUUUCUGUUGGAAAGGAGCAUGCUUCUCUCUGUGCUAAGUCAUCAACAAAGCGGGAGGCUGAGGAACAAACAAAUAAGGGUAUGGAAAAACUUGAAGAAAUCUUUAAACAUGAAGGAACAGCUGUGGAUGAUUUGUUAAACAUUGCCAAGACUUUGCGGGCCAUGCCAGUUGUUGAUCUUGAAACACCAACACUGUGUCUUGUUGGGGCUCCUAAUGUGGGGAAGUCAUCCUUGGUUCGUAUACUUUCAACAGGGAAGCCUGAGGUCUGCAACUAUCCCUUUACAACCAGAGGAAUUCUGAUGGGUCACAUCACCUUGAACUACCAGCACUUUCAGGUGACAGAUACUCCUGGCCUCCUAAAGAGAUGUGAUGAUGAUAGGAAUAAUUUGGAGAAGUUAACUCUUGCUGUACUCACACAUCUGCCAACAGCAGUGCUAUAUGUUCAUGAUCUAUCUGGAGAAUGUGGAACCUCACCUUCAGAUCAGUUUAAGAUAUAUAGAGAAAUUAAGGAGAGGUUUCCUGAUCAUCUGUGGCUUGAUGUCGUCUCAAAAUGUGAUCUAUUACAAGCACCUCCUACUUUAUUCAACACAGAAGAUGGAGAUAGUGACCAUGUUGAAAUGGCAAGGUACAAGAAAAUGGGACCUGAUGGAGCAAGCCAUGUAUCAGUUAAGACUGCAGAAGGUCUUGAUGAGGUUUGUACUAGUUAA